AAAAGUUGGCUUUUCCAACCCCUUCGACUAUUUCUCUCCCUGUCAAACCAAACAAACUUCAGUUCCUGGAAUCCCGAAAAAUGGACAAAAAAAACAUCACCAAACAGAAAAAGAAGGAACCCACCCCUCAGAAAUCCCCCCCGAUCUACCGCAACCCCUUCCUCAACUUCCUGCAAGAGUACCGGAAGAAGAACGUCGGCGUCAGCGGCAGGGAACUAAUCCAAAACGCCGGAGAACUGUGGCGCAAAAUGACCGACGCAGAAAAGGCACCGUACUACGAGAUGGCCAAAAAAGCCCCCCGCCGCCGCCGCCACCGCCGCCGCAAGCGCCGCCAGCACGACGAGAGCGACCGCAGCGGCUCCCGGAGCUCCACCACAUAGAAAAUUUUGUGUAUAAACAGGGACGUCAAUAAAACGCUUUCCUUAUUUUUCC